GGCUCUGCUUUUGCGUUUUGAUUCAUCUAAACCCCUAGCUUUUCUCUCUUUGUCGUCUUUCAAUGCCGUAAGUCUCGGGUAUUUACUUUGUAUCUCUCUCUCUCUCUGGUGAUAGAUUCGAGAAAGAGCCGCUUCUAUAUCGUACCUUAGUCAGUUUGUUUGAAGAUUGUGAGAGGAGCAGUGACAACAAGGGAAGGGUCGUCGGAGGAAUUGGGCAGGUGCUUCCAGAAGCUGGUUAUGGCGGGUUCUGGGGUGAUGAAGAUGGAGGGUUUGGCGAUUAAGGAGUGGAAAGACAUCCCGGUGGAGCUUCUGAUGAGGAUCCUUACACUUGUUGACGAUCGGACGGUGAUCAUUGCCUCUGGUGUUUGCAGUGGCUGGAGAGACAUCAUCUGCUUUGGCCUCACUCAUCUUUCCCUCUCUUGGUGCAAGACGAACAUGAGCAGCUUGGUUCUCUCUCUUGCUCCAAAGUUCACAAAGUUGCAGGCUUUAGCACUGCGUCAGGACAUUCCACAACUGGAAGACAACUCUGUGGAAGCCAUAGCGAAUAACUGUCACGAGCUACAAGAUCUAGAUCUAAGCAAAAGCUUCAAGCUUUCCGAUCGUUCACUCUAUGAUCUAUCCCGCGGUUGCCCAAACCUCACGAAACUCAACAUCAGCGGCUGCACUUCGUUCAGCGACACGGGUCUUGCCUAUCUGACGAAUUCUUGCCGGAAGCUCAAAGCUCUGAAUCUCUGCGGAUGUGUGAAAGCUGCUACCGACAAUGCAUUGCAGGCGAUUGGGCGUAACUGCAGCCAAAUGCAGUCCCUGAAUCUUGGAUGGUGUGAUGAUAUAAGUGAUGAUGGGGUUAUGAGCUUAGCAUAUGGUUGCCCUGAUCUCAGGACUCUGGACCUCUGUGGAUGUGUUCGCAUCACAGGUGAUUCUCUCCCACUCACCUUCUAUAGAAACCAACAGGGAGUUAGUACCAGAGGUCUGAUGUUAUGUCAAUAUGUUUUCAAAGCCAACGUAGAAGUGACACUGGAUGGUGACAAUCAAUCAGAUCAUAUUGCUCAAAAUAGGGGUGGACAAAAAUAAAACCGAAUUUCGGAG